CAGAAUGAACAUUACAAAGAACCACAACCCAAAACCCGUAAACCUCUGAUAUUUUUUUCUUCUUCUUGUCAAUAAUAGUGAACCAAAUGGCUCACAUUCACACUAAUGGCAACAUCUCUCCUUCUUUCCCAAACUCAUAUUCAGGGGAAGAGCGUGAAAUCCAAAAGAAUUACUGGAAAGAGCACUCGGUGGGUUUGAGCGUUGAGGCCAUGAUGCUUGAUUCCAAAGCUGCUGACCUCGACAAAGAAGAACGGCCUGAGAUACUCUCGCUUCUUCCACCGAUUGAAGGGGAAAAGGUGCUUGAGUUUGGCGCUGGCAUUGGUCGUUUCACUAGUGAAUUAGCUCAGAAGGCCGGCCAGGUCAUUGCCGUUGAUUUCAUUGAAAGUGUUAUCAAAAAGAAUGAAAACAUUAAUGGGCACUACAAGAACGUCAAAUUUAUGUGCGCUGAUGUCACAUCCCCUGAUAUGAAAUUUUCAAGCGAGUCUAUGGAUCUGAUCUUCUCUAACUGGCUGCUCAUGUAUCUCUCUGAUAAAGAGGUUGAAGAUUUGGCGAAAAAGAUGUUACAAUGGACUAAGGUUGGUGGGUAUAUUUUCUUUAGGGAGUCAUGCUUUCAUCAAUCUGGUGACAACAAGCGGAAGUACAACCCAACACACUACCGUGAACCCAAGUUUUACACAAAGUUAUUCAAAGAAUGCCAUAUGAAUGACGAUGUUGGGAACUCGUAUGAGUUCUCUUUGGUUAGCUGUAAAUGCGUUGGAGCUUAUGUGAGAAACAAAAAGAACCAGAACCAGAUCUGCUGGCUUUGGCGGAAGAAAGUCAGUUCGGAUAAUGAUAGGGGCUUCCAACGGUUCUUGGACAAUGUCCAGUAUAAGUCUAGUGGUAUCUUACGCUAUGAGCGUGUCUUUGGACAAGGGUUUGUCAGCACAGGGGGGCUCGAGACGACAAAGGAGUUUGUGGCUAAGCUGGAUCUGAAGCCGGGCCAGAAAGUUCUAGAUGUUGGAUGCGGAAUAGGAGGAGGGGACUUCUACAUGGCUGAGAACUUUGACGUGGAUGUUGUAGGCAUUGAUCUAUCCGUAAACAUGAUCUCUUUCGCCCUCGAACACGCGAUAGGACUCAAAUGCUCUGUGGAGUUCGAAGUAGCUGACUGCACCAAGAAGGAGUAUCCUGAUAACACCUUUGAUGUUAUUUACAGCAGAGACACCAUUCUGCAUAUCCAAGACAAGCCAGCAUUGUUCAGAACAUUCUACAAAUGGUUGAAGCCUGGAGGGAAAGUUCUCAUUACUGAUUACUGUAGAAGCCCCAAAACACCAUCUCCAGAUUUUGCAAACUACAUCAAGCAACGAGGUUAUGAUCUCCAUGAUGUACAAGCAUACGGUCAGAUGCUGAAAGAUGCUGGAUUCGAUGAGGUAAUCGCAGAGGAUAGAACCGAUCAGUUCAUGAAAGUCCUGAAACGGGAACUGGACGCAGUGGAGAAAGAGAAGGACGAAUUCAUCAGCGACUUCUCUAAGGAGGACUACGAGGAUAUUGUUGGUGGGUGGAACUCAAAGUUACUCAGGAGCUCAAGUGGUGAACAGAAGUGGGGUUUGUUCAUCGCCAAGAAAAACUGAUUGUAUAGCUUUCUUAAUAUUUAAAACAAAAUAAAUUUGGUUAUGUAAGAUACAUCAAGACCAAGUUCCCUCCUAUCCUAUCAUCUCUUCAAUCUACAUAUGUUGCUUUAUCCCUCUCCAUGUGUGUUUUUCUUUAAUCAUUUAAAUAUACAAGUGUGGUGUUUAAUG